AAACAAACAUCAAAAAAAGAAGAGGAAAAAAUAUUAAAAAGAAAUAAUGUUAAAAAAAAAAAGAAUAUGAAAUAUGUUUGUCAGUUGUUUUAAAUUUUUUCUUCAAUACCCAGAAUUGGUUUAAAGUUUGGUUAAAUUGCAGUUUGUUCAAAAAAAAGUGUCCAUCAAAUGGUUACUUCUACAGACGCCUCACAUUUUAAAGACAUUUUACGUGGUAUAAGCACAUGAAGAUAUUUUAUUUCCUCGCUUUUGCUUCAACUGCAGCAUUUUUUGAUUCACAUCUCACUUGCCCACAAUAUCCCCCUCCAAACAAUGGACGAAUGAUAUGCGAUCAUCUUUUGGGAAAAUACUGCACCCCAUCGUGUAAUUUUGGGUUUGUACCAAACGGACCUCAAGCUUGGGCCUAUGUUUGCAAUCCAGUUACACAAAGAUGGGGAACUUACCCUGACUCUUAUCCAUUACCAUGGCCCGACUGUGUAGCUCCAAAAGAUCAAACUUGGAAUCCGAAAUCUUUUUACAUUUUAAAUAAGAUAAAAGAACCGGACCUAGAAAAUGUUAAUGGCGAUAAAAGUGUAGGUGACCUUGAAAAAUCAUAUGAAGAAGACAAACAAAUCAAAGGAGAGAAAAAAACUCAAACGGAAUUUUAUAAAAAUAAUAUUACGGAUUCAGCUUACGAUAUCUUAAAAGUAGCUUCAAAGAAUCGUUUGAAAAAUAAAGUCCAAAAACAGUUCGAAGUUUUAAAUGAUACUCCAAGUGACAAUGGUAGUACAAGCAAAACCUCGAGCAAAAAAACAGAUACGUUAAGUCAACCACCAUCACAAAAAAAUAACUCAAAUAAAUCUUCAAAUACUAGAGAUAACAAAAGUUAUGUGCCAAUGUCAUCUUCUUUUAACGAAAAUGAAUCUUAUGAAGCUGUUGAUAAACUAAUCAAUAAUAGAACAAAUGAAAGACAAAUUGAUAUUACUAAAGUAACCAAAACACGUAAUUUUGGUACAAAAGAGAUUGAUAUUGAAGACCUAAAAAUAACCACAACAAGAGACAACGUAGCUAAUAUUGAUAACGGAAAAAGUUUAAACGAAACAACAGUUUUUGUUCACAGUUUACCAAAAGAUAAUGUUGACCAAAAAAGUAUUGUUUUAGACAACAACAAAGAUUCUACCGGAAUAUCAGAAAAUUUAUUAAAUAAAAAAAGUAUUCCCUCUGCCUUCAACAAUAUCACAACACAUGCUAUCAACAGUAUUACACCAUUAGCCACAAAUAUUUCAAUUAUUACGCAACAAUUCAAUGAAGAAAAUACAAAAAAUGAAAACCUUGCAGUUAAAACUAUAAAAAACAACACAAAGCAGGUAAUUGAUUUACAAACGCGAACUCUUGAUUCUUUAAGUGUUGAACAAGAAUUGCGUAACAUAACUGAUACUUUAAGAGAAAUAGGACAAAGUAUUAAAAGCAGUAUUGUUGCUAAAACUUCACCAUUGUUGCCAACGACACUAACUAUUUCAAAGUUAGAUAACACAACAAUUAAUAACAUAAAAGAAUCGAAUAAAAGUAGUACUCAUCAGACCGCAGAUAAAAGUUAUCAUGCUGCAAACCACACUCUUCGUAAAACAUAUAACUUAUCUAAAAAAACUUCAACAAUAAAAGAUAAAAAAAAGCAUACAGCUUUAAAAAAAUUAAGUUAUGAAACAGAGCAAAUAAAAGCUAAUCAGUUUAACAACAUCAAAUCUUUUAUAAAAGAUUCUGAACAAAAACAGGAUGAUAAUGAUAAAGAGGCUAAUAAUGAGCCUCCUCUUGUACCAGUAUUUUCCAAUAAAGAUCUUAGCUUGUUACGUCAUAUGGUUUCUACUAAUAACAAAAGAUCAGAAAUGAGGCAUUCUUCUCCAUCUCUUUGGUCAAAGAUGAUGACUCUAACAUCAACUAAAGAUGAUCAUCAAUUAAGAAGAGCGAAGCUUGCGUCUCGUAAAAAACUUGCAACAGAAGAUUUAAAUUUGGCAAAACUGAUAAUGACCGGUAUUAAUAACAAAGACAACUACCAUUUUAAAGAUAAACCAAACCCAUUUCUAUAUAGUGGGAAAAGUCUCGGUCCAAUGAAUCAGUCCAAAUUAAAAACAGACAAAGCUUCUACUCGACAGUACGUUUGGAAUGGGGCAACAUUUGUACCUUUGUCAGAAAACGAACCAUCAACAUCAUAUUUGCAUAGUAACGAAGGCGGAGGUUUAUCAAGUACUUCUCGAUACCGUUGGAAUGGAGCAACUUUUGUGCCCACUGAUUUAUCUGAAGAACUGUCCCUAAUUCAAUCGCAAAAUUCCCAACUAAGUUCACUUCCAAGUCAAUCACAAAAUAUCCAAACGGAAUUUCAUCCAGUUGCAGUAGAUACAUUUCCAGAAUUAGCAGCUGUACCAACUCAAACCGACCGCCUUGGAGAAAUUAUAAAAACAGAUCUUGCAAAGGAAGAAUCAGAUGUUACUAGAACACCUGCAAUAAUGACAAACAAGGAGGUGCAAAAAAUUCUUGAUAUUUGGAAUGGAUCACCUGAAAUUUUAGCUGAAAAGACACCUAUAGAAUUUAAAUCAACGGAAUCAACACCUAUAGAAUUUAAAUCAAAAGAACCAAUUAAUUCCCAAAUGUUAAAUAAAGAAAAGAUAAUAUUUUUUCCGACACAACAACCUAAAUAUAUGGAAACAACUCAACAAUUUCCUCUGAUUCCUGUAACAAUGAAAACAACAACUUUUAAAACGGAAUUUUUUUCAAAACCAAUAGAAAUUAAUGGACAAACUUAUGUUCCUCUAACUCCAAAUGCACAAAUAGAUCCAGAAAAUAAAGAAGAUGAUUUGUUAUAUUGGGAUGGGAAACAUUAUGUUCCAAUAAAAUACCAAAAAGUGACUGUUCCGGGAACUAUUUUAUACAAGUUGGAAAAUGGUAUAUACAUGCCUACUUAUUACAACGGUGGUAAUAUGCUUGAUAACUUAGUACAAACAAAUUUUCCUGCAGCUGAAACUAAACUAAAGGCUGAAUCAUCUGAGGCUAAAUUGCAAAAUGAACCGUCUAAUACUAUGGGGGUAUUUCAACAUACUGAAAACACCGAAAAGGUUAUUUAUCCUGAAAGACCUCCAUCAUUAAGUCAGGCAAGGGAUUUUAAUGAUAGAGCCGUUGCUGGUCCUCCUCCAACUAACCCUCCACCAACUUCUAAAAAUAAAUUGAGUUCAUCAAAUUUUUACGCAAACAAUACAAUACAAUGGGAAAAAACAACGUCAAUAAAAUUUAAACCUACAUCUUUUAAUCUGGUAACCUCUACAACGACAGCAAUUCCGUUAACUGAAACAACUCACGUUGUAUUAACUACUGAAACAACAAUGACACCUUAUACCACGUCAACUGAACUCAAACACGAUAUUCUACAAGAGUAUUCAAAGCAACCUCAACAAGUAAAUCAUGCUGCAGAUGAUAGCCUUCGUGAGUAUACAAAGCAACUCCCACCUAUAAACCCAUCUCCAGAUGAUCCAUUUAGAGAAGAUGUCGAAGAUCUCGGCAACAUUAUAAAAACGGAUUUAGGAAUUAAAAAUGAAAUUGAGUCUCUCACAAAACUUUUUGAAGCAGAUUCAAAAGAAACUCCCGUAACAAUACCAAUAACUCAUGGUAAAACCAUUUCGGAUAUAAGAUUACUAAUGCCAAGUUUGUUUGGUCCAGAAGAAGAACCAUCGAUUAGCAAUAGUAAACCAGAAAUGUCUUUAGCAGAGAAAGAUCUUCAAAUUGCUGAUCAGCUUUUGAAAAAAGAAGAAGAAGAAAGAAAGUUUCCAAUCCCUUCCACUGUUAUUAAAGGAAAUGACGAAGAAGCAAUUAAAUCCGGACAAUUAAAAGAACUCAUUGAAAAGAAAGAGCGUACAGCUCUUGAAAACCUAAGCAACAAAGAAAAGUACGAUCUUGAAAAAACCUUAUCUUCCGAUAUUCAAAAAUUACAAUCAACAUUUGAUAAAGAUCAUACAGUUUUGCUUCCGUCAAUUAGACUUGAUAAAGAUCCACCUAACCUUUUGGCAGCAAGUGAUCUCAAUGUCGGUGACAUAAGAGAUUUAUUGAAGAUAACUAAGCUAGCAGAGAAAUCUGCAAGCAAAAAGCACGGUUUACUCAAGCCUAGCUUAACUCGUUCACAAGCACGUAAGGUGUUAGAAAAAGGGGGUGUUCAGCAGCUGUUGAAAUAUCUAAUUUUAUCGGGUACUUCUCCGUCGACUAUUGCUGCACUGCGAGAAAAAAAUUUGCGUAAGAAAAUUUUGCCUGAAUUGAAAUUCAGUGAUCAUGCUAAAGAAGAGUCUGUUUUAAAUGCCAAAGACACUGAAGAACUUAGAAAAGUAAACGAACAAUGGGAUAGACGUUACAAAGGAUUACAAAAAACAAUUGAUCACAAAGCUAAAAAUCCCUUACCCAAAUUCGGUAGAAAAAAAAGGUCAGAAAAAAAACGAAAAAAAAGAGAUAAUAGGUUAUAAAAUCUUAAAUACGAAACUAAUAGCAA